AUUGUUCACAGAGGAAGAACUCAAUGCAAUUUACAUUUUUGACGUUUCGGGAGGGAAAUUAAAAGAGCUCCCUUUUUUUUUUUAGGACUUACUCUCAUUAGUUUUUUUUUUUCCGCUAAAGAACAAAACAGAGGAUUUUUUUAAUUUCUCAUAUCUCCGAUUUAGUUAGGGUCUUUAAGUCUCUCUUUCGGCCGCUUUAAUUUUAAUAAAGCCAUCGACUUUUUUUGUGAUUCAGAUUAAAUCUUUGAUGGGUUUGCUAGAUUUUUUUUCUUCAUCUAAACUGAUUGGGAUUAACAUUAUCUCGAUGGGAUUGUUCAUGUUGAGCAGUGCGUGCGACGCCUCCUCCUUCAGUUCAGAGUAGGAAGCAAAGGGUUUUGAAUUUGUUUGAGAGCAGUGUGACGCCUUCUUCAAGAGCAACCAAUCGGCGAAAGUAAGAAACAAAACGAGACAGAGAAAGUUUUUUUUUGUCUUUGUAUUUGGCAUCUAUGUUUGGGGGUGUCUUGUCUGUGCCUGUGAAUAAUCCUCACUUGCGCAAAUCUGCUAGUAGACACAUCGUCAAUCUUGGAGACAAUGACUUGAAGAAUGCAAGUUUGUUUCUAAGUACAUUUGCGAAACUCCGAACUCCUGUCUUCCUUCAAAGUCUCAAAGUUGCUCUGUAUAUUGGUGGUCUUUAUGUUUGUGGAAAGAUUGGAUGGGAAUCUGUAAUGAAAAUGGGAAUAGAAUCACGAGAACUGUUCUUCUAUGAGACAUUUUUGUAUUAUAACCCUCUCCUUCUCAUUACACUGAUGGUCUGGCUCUGGGGUGUUAAUCUGUGGGUUUUUUCUCGUUCUGGAGUCGAUUAUGCAGCAAUCUUUUUCCUAGGACCAGAUCAUCUUAGUCACAGAGAGAUAUGGAAGUGUGCCAGGUGGAUGACAAUAGCUAUAUUGACUAGCAUGACUGCAUAUCUCUAUCUAUACUCGCACGGAGACGUAAAGUUGGCUGCAUCUCAACCAGUAGUUUUGUAUUUCUCAGCUGUUAUUAUUUUGAUAAUCCCUUUCGAUAUCUUCUACAUGUCGUCUCGCUACUAUUUGCUUUGGACUUUUUGGCGAAUACUUUUCCCGGUGCAGGCAGUGACUUUUUCGGACUUCUUUCUAGCUGAUAUCUUGACUUCUCUGUCAAAGGUUUUAUCGGAUUUAGAACGUUCAGUAUGUCGCAUGGUCCAUCGACAGGUUGCUACUAUUGCAUGGUUUGAAGCCGAUUCGGUUUGUGGGAGUCAUUCCACUGCAAUUCCCUUGGUUCUCGUUCUACCUUAUCUUUUCCGGCUGUUCCAAUGCAUUCGUCAGUACAGAGAUAGCAAGGACAUUGCAAACAUCUACAAUGCUGGGAAAUAUCUUACGGCGGUGCCAGUCAUCUUUCUUUCAGCCCUCAAGUAUUUUAUCGAUCAGGAUACAUGGACUUACUCCAUUCAGCCGGCAUGGAUCCUCUCUGGUCUAGCUAACACUUUCUUCUCCUUCUUUUGGGAUAUAUUACGUGACUGGGAUCUAAGUGUCUUCACUCGGAUUUUCAAAUUCAGCAGACCAAAUCUUUUCUCACAUCUACUAUAUGGACGCCGUUGGGUAUAUAUUUGGGUAAUCGGAAGCAAUCUGGUACUAAGGUGGACAUGGACGUACAAGUUAUCAGCUCAUCUCCGUAACAACUACAUCACAGUCUUCAUCAUCACUGCUUUGGAGAUUUACAGACGGUUCCAGUGGGCGUUCUUCCGUAUAGAAAAUGUGUGGUACAAAAUCAAAAAUCCUAAGCAUACUUCUCAUCAGUCUAAUCCUCUUUCACUCCAGAACGAUAUCAACAACGAACAUGAGAAAUUACUCGCUCAUAGUCACAGCCCUGGUGUAUAAAAUUCUCAGCGUUCUUGUUGUUUUUUUUGUGCUAAGUUCUGAAAAGUUUUGAAUAACAACAACAUAAAAGUACUCUGUUACUUAUACUGUAACUUGUAACUUCCAUUACUGAGAAAGAGAGACUACACUGGCUCUAUAAUGUACAGCAAGAUGUGUAAUUGUCUUUAGACUA